CUUCCUUGUCCGCUCACACAUGUAAUACAUUCCUGUUUUUAUAUAAUUUCGUAAAAAGUGAAUAAUUACUCUUCCUCUCAAAUUCUCGACCUUUUACUUUUUCCUCCUCUCCCACCACUGUGCACGCGAGUUUUUCUUUGGUUUGUUGAUCUGCUCGUUCCGCUUGUUGGGUCUUGAUCUUUGGCCUCCGGAGCAUGUCCACAGAGAGAGUAUGAGCGAAAGGAGUGAUUUUUUGGUCGGAAUUCUCGAUCGGUCUUGAGUCGGAGAGAUGGGAAGGGCGAGACUGUGGUGCGUCUUUCGUGCUUUGAAGUCCGGGGUUUUUGAUGCUAUGUGAUUGUCCCGGCUGUGGUCGUGGGUGGGCGAUUCGCGGUCGGUCGGUUUGGUUGUUUUGUGUUGUGCAGCGGUGGGCAUUUUGAUUUGAUAUGGGUGGGUGUUUCCCUUGUUUUCGAUCAUCCAAGGGCAAGGAAGGGAAUGGACUGAAGGAAGUGAACAAGAAGGAUUCAGCUAAAGAAGCCUCAGCUGCUCACUCUCAUCAUGUGAGCAGAGUCAGCUCAGAUAAAACAAAAUCUCGAAAUGGUUCUGACCCCAGAAAGGAAGUACCAGUGCCAAAAGAUGGACCGACAGCUAAUAUUGCUGCACAAACAUUUACCUUUCGAGAGCUUGCUGCUGCAACAAAAAAUUUUAGACCAGAAUGUCUUCUGGGUGAAGGAGGAUUUGGUCGUGUCUAUAAAGGCCGACUAGAGAGUUCAGGCCAGGUAGUUGCUGUUAAGCAGCUUGACCGAAAUGGCCUUCAAGGAAAUAGAGAAUUUUUGGUAGAGGUUCUUAUGCUCAGCCUAUUACACCACCCAAAUCUUGUCAACUUGAUCGGUUAUUGUGCUGAUGGGGACCAACGCCUCCUUGUUUAUGAGUUUAUGCCACUGGGAUCGUUGGAGGAUCAUUUGCACGAUCUUCCUCCGGAUAAGGAGCCUCUGGACUGGAACACAAGGAUGAAGAUAGCAGCUGGAGCAGCCAAGGGCUUGGAGUAUUUACACGACAAAGCAAAUCCUCCAGUUAUAUACAGAGACCUAAAAUCCUCCAACAUCCUUCUUGACGAGGGUUUCGACCCUAAAUUAUCAGAUUUCGGGCUUGCAAAGCUGGGGCCUGUCGGGGACAAAACUCAUGUCUCGACGCGUGUUAUGGGGACAUAUGGUUAUUGUGCUCCUGAAUAUGCAAUGACUGGCCAACUAACUCUAAAAUCUGAUGUCUACAGCUUUGGAGUUGUCUUUCUUGAACUCAUCACUGGGCGCAAGGCAAUUGACAACUCAAGGGCUCCUGGGGAGCAUAAUCUUGUGGCAUGGGCUCGGCCACUCUUCAAAGACCGUAGAAGGUUCCCCAAGAUGGCUGACCCUCUACUGCAAGGGCGGUACCCAAUGCGUGGACUUUACCAAGCUCUAGCAGUUGCUGCAAUGUGCCUACAAGAACAGGCAGCCACGAGGCCUUUGAUAGGAGACGUAGUGACAGCUCUUGCAUAUUUGGCCUCCCAAACUUACGAUCCAAGCUCAGCGUCUGCCCAAAGCAAUCAUGUGGGUCCUUCUACUCCAAGGACUAAAGAUGACCGAAGGGGCACAGCUGAUGGUUUGGAUAGCCCGGAUGGGUAUCGUGGUUCCCCUUCCACUCAUAGGAAUUCCCCCGAUUUCAGAAAGAGAGACCAAGGCAGGCAAUUGACUAGUGGAGCUGAGCUGGGUCGCAGUGAAACUGGCGGUGGGUCUGGGAGGAAGCGGGGUCUAGACGACCCCGAGCGGGCAGACUCCCCUGGGAGUGCUGGCCGAGGGAGAGAGACUCCAAGGAACCGUGACCUCGACAGAGAACGUGCAGUUGCGGAAGCCAAAGUAUGGGGGGAGAACUGGAGGGAGAGAAAGCGUGCAGUUGCAGUGGGUAGCUUCGAUUCCACAAAUGAGUAGACCACCGAAACUCAGUGCAAGACUGCCAUGUUGGCUUUGCUUGAUCAUGAGAAGGCUGCUUCUGGUUGAAACUAAGUGUUAUGAAUAAGGGGUUCGUUGUGUCCAACUUUAAUGCUGCUUGUCCUUUUUUCUGUCAAUUCUUCUAGUUAAAACAUCCACAUUGUUAUGUGAAGUACAGGAAGAAAAACAGU